AUGCCACCUUUAAUCAAAAUCUCAAUUCCAGAAGGAACCAAAUCCAUAGAUCUUACGGCCUUGUCGCUGUACGAGCACCGAUCUCAGAUCAUUGUGGAAUGGACGGAUGGGAGCGCUAAUUUCGGAGCCACCUUUGUUGGCCCGACCGCCAGCUUCGUGCUUGCCGACAAAGCUUUCGGCCAACCAAUUAUUUCUCUGACCGACAACGUUCCCAAAGUGCUCUCAGUCAGCUUCAAAUUCUACGACAUGACUCCCUCGAUCCUGGAACCGAAAAUCUCGAAUGUCGGCCCCCAAGGAAACGGGACUCAGGUCCAGAUUACAGGAUAUGCGUCUAGUGAUAAGAAGCAUGAGAAGCCAACGACGCUCACUGUGCUUUUUAAAAGACCUCUGCGGGGGAUCAAGAGGAAUACUUGA